AAGUCCUGGGCUGCCCCGGCGGGACCUCGCUGGCGUCGCGGGCGUAGACCACCCCUGCCCGCUUCCCCGCGGACCGUCGGAGCCCGCGUCGCGGGGCGGCUGUUUCCGGGGGGCCGCCUUGAGGUGACGCCGCGUCGGGCGCCCGCGCUUUUUGGGCCCGGCGGCGCCCUGGGCCGGUCGUAUCUUGGAAGAGGCGGCUCCGGCAGUGCCGCCCCGGUGGGGCUAACCUGGUGCGGCUAACCUGGUGCUGACAUGCCUGUUAAAAGAUCACUGAAAUUGGAUGGUCUAUUAGAAGCCAAUUCAUUUGAUCCUUCAAAAAUCACCAGGAAGAAUGUUACAGCUUAUUCUCCAACAACUGGAACUUGUCAAAUGAGCCCAUUUGCUUCUCCCACAAGCUCUAAAGAAGGAGAGCACGAAAGUGGACCAUCAAAUGGAAAGAGAAAAAAAUUGAAUUGCCUCAGUUUAACCCAAAGAAAGGAAGCUACAACAGAAGACAGUGAUGAAUUCAUGGUGUUGCUAUCUAAAGUUGAGAAAUCAUCAGAAGAAAUCAUGGAAAUAAUGCAAAAUUUAAGUAGUAUACAGGCUUUGGAGGGCAGUAGAGAGCUUGAAAAUCUGCUUGGUAUCUCCCGUGCAUCGUGUUUCUUAAGAGAAAUGCAGAAAACGAAAGAACUAAUGACGAAAGCAACAAAACAAAAGCUGUUUGAAAAGAAGAGUUCAGGACUUCCUAACAAAGAUGAUGCACACCAACACAUGCGUAUGUAUAGAGUUACGUCAUCUCGACAGCUAUGAAUUCCUGAAAGCCAUUUUAAACUGAGGCAUUUAGAAGAAAUGCGCCCACUAUGAACAACUCCUGCAUCUGCUUGAUCGCAUUGAAAGGAACAGAAGAAAUGUCUGUAAUUAAUCUGCCCAGUAAAUACCAGAUCAUAGCACUAGGCAGGUGCAUGUCUAGAUAAAAUUUCUUGCAGCUAAUUUAAACUUUCUACACACACCAGUAGGUAAUCUCAGUGUAAAUAAUCCAUUUCUUCUUGACCCUCUCCUGUGGAAGAGGCUCCUGACUCUCUCUCUGUGCCGCACACGCCUGUCCUGGAGCCUUUGUGGAGACUUGGUGAGGCGCUGACGCCCUGGCGCCUGGGCAGGCUGAAUGCUUUAAAGCCCAGGAUAAAGCUGAUGCUGGGUGCGUUAGGUACCAGUCUGCCCAUUUAAAGCCCCAGAUGUGUAUUGCGCAUUAUUUAGACUCUGCUUUAAAUUUUUAAAAAUGUAUGUAGAAGUUCAUUGUGUAGCCGCUAUCUCAGGGAUGAGGGUUUUUAGACUCUAGUUAUUCCUAUGCUCAUAGGGAGAAAGUAUUUUCAAAGUUAAAAUUUUCACAUCUCCUUUUGUAAACUAUUGGAAUACGUUUUUCAGUACAGACAUUUAAACUGAACUACACAGCCUACUGAACUUAAAGAAAAGACCUUUCUUAUGGGGCUGUAUGUGAUCCUCUCCAGAUUAUUUUGAAGCAUUAAUUUCUAUUUUGCUAUGGUGUUUUGUAUCAUCAUGCUUGUGCUGUCAGAAAAUAAAGGGCAGAGGAAAUUACAGAAUGUGUUAUAACUUGAUAACAUGGUUUUUUAAAACUUCUAUACUUUUCUUUGACUGUUUAUACAGGGAAAAAAUGCUACUCCCUCAGUACUUGUGUUGUCGACAAAAUUUAUAAGAUGUGACCGUGUCAUUUAAUUCACUGUAACAUGAAAAUAAAAAUACUAUAUGAAAAUCUG